CUAACCUCGUCGUGUUAACCAAUUGACUAUCCAUCUGGGCAUGCAAGAAAUACGUACUGCUUUUCUAUUGUACAUGUUCUUUGCACUUCCCCUUUUUCAAGCCCAUUAAAGACUCGGUUUUGAUAACAACUUCAUCUGCAAAAUUAAACUGUGUUCCCUUUUAGACAGUGCAUGAGAAGCUAGCUUGAUCAUGAAAGGAUUAUAUGAAGAGGCCAAACCAUCACCCCAAAUUUCAAACUCCGCGUCAACUAGCGGCCAUUCUAAAGAAGAUGAUCCAGAAAUGGGUUCCAAUGCAUUGUCAAACAGUGCAGAUCAUCAUGUCUUGAACAACUCUGCCUUCUUCUGUUUUCCAAGCGGAAUGAAUUUAAAUCUCGUGCGUGCGGUUGUGGCGGAGAUGGUUGGAACUUUUAUCUUGAUGUUCUGUGUAUGUGGGAUCAUAGCAAGCACAGAGCUGCUGAGAGGAGAUGUAGGUCUUAUGGAGUAUGCAUCCACAGCGGGUUUAACAGUUGUAGUUGUGAUUUUCUCCGUAGGCUCCAUCUCUGGUGCUCAUGUUAACCCUGCUGUCACAGUAGCCUUUGCAACCUUUGGUCAUUUCCCAUGGUCCAGGGUUCCUCUAUACACAUUGGCACAAACAUUGGGUUCUGUUCUGGCAGCAUUCGUUGGAAAGCUUGUGUAUGGCAUAAAACCAGAUCUCAUGAUCACCAAACCAGUACAAGGAUGUGUUUCUGCCUUCUGGGUUGAGCUUAUUGCGACUUUCAUUGUUUUGUUCCUUGCUGCUUCUAUGACACAUCAUGCUCAAGCUGUUGGUCCUUUAUCUGGGUUUGUUGUUGGCAUUGCCAUUGGACUAGCUGUGCUAAUCACAGGGCCUGUUUCAGGAGGAUCAUUGAACCCAGCAAGGUCCCUCGGACCAGCGAUUGUUUCAUGGAACUUCAAGGACAUUUGGAUAUACAUUUGUGCCCCAACCAUUGGAGCUGUUGCAGGGGCUCUCCUUUUUCAAGUUUUAAGACUCAGAAUCCCACCAUGCAAUCCCAGCCUCACCUCCUCUCCUAAUACCUGUCUACUUGGGUGAUCCAUAACCUGUGGAACAAGCUAGUAGUUGGUGCACGAGAAUAUGAUGUAACUGAACUUGGAAGUUGUCAUGUACUUCUGUGAUAUUAUGUCAGAAUAGACAUCAGCUGCAACUAAAUUAAGUCCAAACCACAACUACUACUAUCCUAGAAUAAUUGGUGAUGAUGAUAGUUUCUUACCAACUCUCUGAAAUAGUAACAAAGGCUGGAGUGAAUAAAAAUCUGGCAUCUACCGAGAUUCAAAUAAGUCCAAUUCAUAGACGAAGUGUUGUCCAUUGAUAAAUUUCAUACGUGGAUCUAUGUUGCCCCAAGGUAAAUAAGGGAAACAAUUGAAAUCCCAUGACUCGGGCAUCCUUGCUCCUAAUUUAAACUUUUUUUUUUACAAAAGUCUAUGUUGGCGACAAAAAAUUCCAAAGGAGAAUUUGACUCGCCAAUGAAUGCUGACUGGAGCAGGAGCUAACCACUAAUGAUCAAGAAGCUUCCCUCGUUGUUGACUUGGAGUUGACCAUCAGCUCGAAUGAGAGGGGGGUACCUGCAAAAAACCCUCUGACGCUCAAGUUAGAAACUGUUUGAGUUAUGUGUAAUAGAAAUA